AUGCUUGAGCAAAAUCUUGAGGACCACCUAGCAGGAAUUGAUAAAGAGCGUUGGAAAUGGUUCCUUGAUUAUCGCAAUGACCCUUACCCAAAGGAAAAUGCUUUGAAUCGAUUGAAGCAACUUUACACUCACAUUGACGGUUCUAAAAUCUUGGCGAGGCGAAAGGAAGAAAAGAACUACAAUGGAGGAAUAUUGGUCGAGGAAUAUUAUGGACCAAACUACACAAAAAACGUAAUGGCUCCUAUACAUCCCAAAGUUAAGAGGAUCGGUAUUGGAGAGAUUAAGCAGCGUGAUGAGUCCACUAGAAUAUUGUUUGAAAAUGAUUCCCUUACCCAAGCUCUCGGAAAAGAGCACUCGGGUAGAAUACGUGGCAUAGGUUUCGGACCGACUCCAAGUCAACUAUUUUGUCUGAGUUUGCAGCCACCGGUAGAUGGAGCUCAAACAGAGGAGGCCCAAAGGAUGCUAGUUGAACUACAAGCAGAGAUGCCGACCGAGAAAUUAAGAAGGAAGGCAGUGAAGGAAAUAGCAGCAGAGAAAUUGAAAAGGAAGGUAGUGGAGGAUGGAGUAGCAAUAGAGAAAUUGAAAAGGAAGGCAGUGGAGAAUAAUGUAGCAGCAGAGAAGAUAAAAAGAGGAGGCAAUAGAGAGUGUUCUAAGUUAUUUGAUUCAACGGCAAGGUGGGGAGUUGCCACCAGACAUCGCUGCAUGUGCAUGAAUUCUUUGGAUGAACAUAGCGGAAAAUAG